AACUUCAAGUUAUUGCCACGAUCUAUCUGAGAUCCGUUAGUUUGUCCCACAAAACAUGCAAAAAUGCACUAUUUUUGUUAUGUCUGUUUUAAUUUACCGACUUAUUUAAACUUCAUUUAUUAAGUGUUUUGAGAGUUUGAGAUUAUGCAUUUUUUUUUUGCAAAAUUGAUGUUUGUAUUUAUUUCGUCUGCAAGUAACAUGUAUUUCUGCUGAAGUUCUGCAUGUUUCUAUAUGUUUCAUUGCAUUUAAUUUUUAGUUUUUCCGUCAUGGCCACUGCUGAGUUCACCAAAGACCUUUGUACUCCAGCGUUUAUUGUUGACCUGGAUAUAGUGAAGGAAAAUGCUCAAGCCAUGCAGGAGCGCUUCCAAAAGAUUGGGGUUCAACUCCGACCCCACAUGAAAACCCACAAAACUUUGGAAUGUGCAGACAUCAUGACUGCAGGCUCUCGUCGGUGUAUUGUGGUGUCUACUCUAGCUGAGGCGUCUUUCUAUGCAGAUAAUGGCUAUGAUGAUAUACUAUACGCAUACCCACUGCCAUUUGAUAAAGUGGAUCGCUGUGCUGAGCUGUCAGAGAGGCUUGCUUUAUUCCACAUAGUGGUGGACAACCAGCAUGCCUUACAGGAACUGAAGAAGAGACCGCUGAAGCAGGGCAAAGUCUGGAAGGUGUGGAUGAAACUGGACUGUAACAAUGGGAGAGCGGGUCUUCCUCAUUUCGACUCGGCUGCAUUGCAGCUCGCCCAGGAGAUAUCUGAGGCGCCAGGAGUGGAGCUCACAGGAAUUUACGCACAUUGUGGAAACACCUAUGCCUGUGAAGGGGAGGAGCAAAUCAAAGACGUAGCUCAGGAAACCACCACACUCACGCUGCAGUUCAUGGAGAAGUUGAAAUCUGCUGGGAUACACGGUCCCAAAUCCAGUAUUGGCUCCACUCCUUCAUGUAGUCAUCCAGUCCCAGACAUGGCCAUGUUAAGUGAGGUGCAUCCUGGGAACUAUAUAUUUUAUGAUGUGCAGCAGUCUCUCAUCGGAUCCUGUAGACUUGAAAAUGUUGCAGUACGGGUUCUGACAAGGGUCAUAGGUCACUACCCACACAGAAACCAGCUACUGGUAGACUGUGGGUGGACGGCACUGAGUCAUGAUGGUGGAGGACGUUUACCAACAGGAUACUGUAUCAUUGAAGGGCACCCAGACCUAAAGCUGCUGUCUAUGACUCAGGAACACGGCAGGGUGGAGCCCAUCUCUGGAAAACUGGACUUCAGUCAGUUCCCCCUGGGGUCACUCCUCUCACUCAUGCCAUACCAUGCUUGUGCUACAGCUAUGAUGCAUCCAGUUUAUUUUGUCCAUUCUAAAGGGAAGAUUACAGGCACAUGGAAACCCACUCGAGGCUGGUAACCAUCACUCACAGAUGAAAUCUGGUAUACUGUAACUGGGACCUGUUAAUAGCUGUGUGAAGGGAAUAGUAAUUAUGGUAAUUUAAUCUUGUAACAACUAAAGUUGAUUUCUAAGGCAGGUGUCUAUCAAAAACCACCAUUAGGAACUUGCUGAGCCAGAUGCAUUAUGGGUUGGAUGCAUAUCAUCUCUGCCGUUGUGUAUUUCUUAGUGAUGUUGAAAAUGGAAGUUUACAUUGAACUUUACUGUAUGUUUUUGCAGAUAGUCAUGAUUUAUGAAAUAAAAAUAAAGCUUUUUAAGUUGCAUCUUUAAACCCUUACAUCCACACGGUAGUGUUAUAAGCAAACUAAACUAAACUAAACUAAACUAAACUAAACUAAACUAAACUAAACUAAACUAAACACUUCUCUGCUUUUUAACCGAAUACAUUUUUAUUUGGCAAGCUACAGUAACAUUUUAUCCUCAGUUAGAAGUUUAAAAAUAUAUUUAGUAUUAUCUAACUAUCCUGGGUGCCUUAAGAUGGUGCCAGGGGGGCCAUAGUUUCAUGAAAUUUUAUAAAAUACAUUAAUUUAUCAUAAAUUCUGUGUAAUUACACCUCUACUAACUAAGGAGCUAACCAAGAGCACUCCACUAACCAAGAGUGAUACAUUUUGUAAUUUUAUAUAUUUUGUUUCAUUACAUUUUUAAGUUUUAAAAAGUUUUAUGUCAUACAUUUUCUAUUUGGGGAGGGGGGGGGGCGCA